GGAGGAGCGUUUAGAAACCGGACACGCAGCCACUGCAAACGCAACAUGACCGCCAACUUCUGCGUGUUCUGCCUCUCCUCGCUCCUGCUUCUCAACCUGAUCGGAGCCAAACCGCUCUCCGAGCUACAGGAGACCCUUAAAGAGCUCCUGGAGGAGGAACAAACUGCGAACGCGCCUUUCCCCGGCGCGGGGGAGUCGGAGGCGGCGUCCGAGUUGGAGUCGGAGCGGGGAGGCGGGACGGCGGAGCGGCGCGCGGUCAGCGGAAGCGCGUGGACCGUCGGCGAGAUCAGCGGCGCGCUCGCGGCUAAAGAGAACGCGCUGGAUCGCCUCAUCGGGGACAUCCUGUCCGUGUCCAAACGCAGCCGCUUCAAGAAGGGCGGGCUGAGGAGCUGCUUCGGCGUUAGACUAGAGCGCAUCGGCUCCUUCAGUGGUCUCGGGUGCUAGACGCGUCAGGAGCGGGUUGUACUGGAACAGGGCACUGAAACUCCUUACUUGAACUCUUCGGACUGGGCACAUGUCUUAUUAUUAUUGUUGUUUUUGUUUUUAUUUACAUUCAUUCGGAAGUAUUGCAAUGUUUACAGUUGUGCGCAGAGCCUCGUUUGCUGAGUGUUAUUUGUUCUGUGGUAAAUUGUUUAGAAUUGUAAAUAGGGUGGUUUUUUUUGUUUGUUUUUUUGUAAGCCUUCUAAAUCUUAGAAGUAUAUUCUAAAGCUUUUUUUUGCUGCUUCUGUGUGUGUGUGUGUGUGUGUGUGUAUUUAUUUCUUGUCUAAAUUGAUGUCAUAGACUGAAU